CUCCAUAUACCCUGAUGUACUACGAUGCAGCUUCUGUAUCGACUUUCUUACAUGCGCAUAUGCAUCCAAUCUCAUAUCAUGCUGUCAGCAUGGCACCUACAGCUAGUACCAUGGUUACCCUGAGAAAAUGAAGUAACGUGCGACUCCUCCUUAGGGACCCCUGAGGGAGUUGUGACGACACCAUAUUUGCCCGUAUGCUGAUUUCCUCUACAGCUGCUAGGUUACGCAUGCAGUUCAGUGUCCGGGAGGGGCGAUCUUUUCAUUUUCCAUUCUGCGGGGUUAAUCAUUUAGGGGUUCCUUAUGGGAGUAGCACGUCAUGUGGCGAAUCCAAUUUCUUCCCUUUUUUUACGUUCAAACUCAAACUCAAAAUAUGUAACGUCUAUUUGAGCACUCUGGACCUUCCGUGAAACGUGUCCGAUAAGAAUGUAACUCAUAUACACUUCUGCGUACGUGCUACGUGGCGUAUACGCGUACCACGGUAACCCUUAUGUGGUAUGGUAUGGUAUGGUAUGGUACCAAGGGGCAAACACUGUAAAGCCUUACGAGGUUUCCCGUGCCGUAUAAAAUCAUGCCUUUUUUAAAGGCAACACAGUUUAGAGUGGCCAAUAUCUUGCGUUUUAGUAACAGAAGGAGAGUCUUCCCAGCCGCUUGGCUGCUCUGGAUGCGACAUCCACAUCAUGCCUUAGAAUCGUAUCUUAUCUUGAAGAGUUCUAUGAGAUAGAACUUGGCCAUAGUUGUCUCGCGACUGUCGCAUUUCCAAGUCCAAGAGCAACAGCAUUCUUCAACAUGAGAAAUUCGUUCGAAAAGUUCCAGUAGGGGGAAAUCCAACAAGCCUGAGCUUGGGCAAGUGAAUGAAGGGAAAGAUCCUUUCCCUUGCCUCAAGCUCAGGCUUUUUCACGAGCUUGCCUGCAUUUAUGCUAUUUUAUCGAGCACUGCACCGAGGAGAUGAUAAUGCAAAAUCAUCUCCGUUAUAAUAUUUCAAUUCAAAAGCUGACAAGUUUCAAACAGCAUCGACCUCGGUGGCCAUAGUUGGCAACGCGCUCGCUCCCCAAGGUUGUGGGGUCGAUCCCGGCCACCAGCAACUGUAGGACAGUGACAUGGCACAACUUGAGACACGUCGACGUCCGCGAUCACGCGAACGUUAAAGGGACGGUCUCGUACAGCCGGGGCGAUUCCGAAACUUACCCAAAACUAUAUUCAUGAGUGCUCUACAAACACAACCGUGAAAGUUUCAUUCGGAAUAACGCAGCCGUUUUCGAGGAAUUUGUCGAAACACAUCGUAAUAGCAGACGACGGAACCUGCGCUUCCCUCUCAUGUAACGUCACGUAUGACGUCGACCCGCGGGUGGCUCUGGUAGUGCGCCCAUUGGCUGAGCAGAAAAGAAAGCAGCUGUGUGCAUUUGGCGCGGUUGCCAUGGCACUUGUAAGUAGCUGGGCUCGUAGGUAGUUGACGCACGACGUAGUCAUGUCUGACAGCGAAUUUAGCAAUAGCGACGAAUCCCUGUCGCUCAGCGGUGACGAGAAUGAUUUCAUUGACGUCGAUCGGCUGAAUUACGAGGAUAUCGACGAUCCUUACGAGGCUGACCCUUUGCCACAACAACGUGGUCAACAAGUGGAAGUUGUAGACGAUAUUCAACCGAUUGACUUUAGGUGCAUGUGUAGCCACUGCUCGCCGCAGGAGGUUGACGAAUAUGUGUGUUGCAUGGCUGUUGAUCGCGUGGUGCCUGUUGUUAACGGCGCCGGCGUUCGCUGCAUCACGCAACAUGUGUUGUUCCCCGACUUCUGUACACGCCGGGAACUUUUGAUAGUCAACGGCGCUCCGUAUCGACGACACAGCCGUGAGCUACGGCCAUCCGAACGACAACAGGGGCAUCAGAUAUGCAGCAUACGCAUGUUUCACCAAUUGGAUAUGGGGGUACCUUGGCCCAAGGAACAGGCGUCAGAUUCCAGGCUGUGCUGUGCGCACUAUUCGGAACCUGUUCCCAUCUGCCACGUACACAGGCUACUUCCCGUGAAAUGUAAUGUAUUGUUUUUGUUACACAACUUUUUAUUUGCAUUCAAGAAUGUUAUGUUCCCCGGUCCUUAGAUAACAUUUCAGCAUUUUGGCUCUUCAUCCUAUGCAUCACAUGCGCCUGUCACCAUUUAAUUGGUACCGAAUGGUUACAGGGAUAAAAAAUUGUUGCCAACACCACUGCAGGAAGAACAUGGUCUUGGAUGGACUUCUGAAAGAUGCUGUCCUCGGUAUCCACCCCAGGAAGCAUUGGAAGGUUGUCAACCUGGUGGGCAGAGGCAUUCCGUUCAUCGUCAUUGUGCCAGGAGGAGAUGACAGACACAAAGAUCCACAUAAGCUGAUCUACGUCGAGAUCUUCACUUACCCCUCGUCUAAGGAAAAAAAAAGGCCCUUUUCAGGGCCAUCCCACAUGUCUGUAGCAAAGACCGUGCCUCUGCAUAGAACAAACCCUUAUCUUCAUUACUUUGCAUCAACAUUUCUAGGAGAACAUGAUGGAAAUUCCCACAAAUAGGGAAAGCUUCAAUAGAAUACCAGUAUGACCAAUAGACAGCUUUACGCAAACACGCAAUGCCAUAAGAUUGGAGCUACUAAUUCUAUUGAUGAACAUAGCAAAUUUCCAAAUCUUUCUCUCACACACUUUUUUUGCAUUUAUCUACUACACAUGCAUUGUUUCUUGCAGGUAUCACCUAUGCAAUAGUGCGUAGUUUGUCAAAUGAAUAUAGGAGCAACUUGUCUGAAGCAAUCAGGUAGGAAAUUUUCACGGCUUACAGUGUUAGGAACCUUUGUAGUCUGGUGUCAAUAUAGGUUGCUUUCCAUGGUUGUACCCAGAGGGUGGGCAAGGAGGGGUUAUGGCCCCUCCCUGGAGCUUCAAUAUCACUUCUGAAAUUUGUUUACUUCUUAUCCAUACAGGG